AUGCUGAAAUCUCUUCCUCCUUCAGGGACUCGUGACAUGAGAAAGGUCAUCCGUCUAAUAUGGAUUGACAAAAGGAUACCUGACUCGUGGAGCCACGCUAUCAUAAUUCCCCUCCACAAGAAGUUAUCCGUCACGGACCCCAGGAAUUAUCGAGGAAUCUCUUUGUUGCGUGUUAUGUACAAAGUAUUGGAACGGAUUAUCCUGGACCGACUCAUUAAAGAUCGCGAAGAAACAACGCGCGACGAGCAAGCAGGCUUUCGUCCUGGCCGAUCUACGAUUGAACAGGUGUUCAUCGUUAGGAGAGUGAUCGAAAUCUGGCAGCGGUACUCAAAGCCAAUGCAGUUAACCUUUCUGGACUUUGAAGCCGCUUUUGAAUCCCCUCAUCGAGGCCGUCUUCUCAAUGCGCUCCGCGCCGAUGGAGUUCCAGGAUGGUUAGUUCGCUUGCUCGAUGGCAUGAAUCAAAGAACAACUGCAGUUGGAACACCAGCCGGAUAUAGAAUUCCACUCGAGGGGGUAAUUGGAGUUAGACAAGGGGCAGUAGCAAGAUCCUUCCUUUUCAACUUCGCAAUCAACCAUCAUGCGAAGAACAGUCGAUAA